CGACUGAGCGCCGCCGCCAUGCAAGGAGAGGACGCCCGGUACCUCAAAAGGAAGGUAAAAGGAGGGAAUAUCGAUGUACACCCAUCAGAGAAGGCACUUAUUGUUCACUAUGAAGUGGAAGCUACAAUUCUUGGGGAGAUGGGAGAUCCUAUGCUGGGAGAACGCAAAGAAUGUCAAAAAAUCAUUCGAUUGAAGAGUCUCAAUGCAAAUACAGAUAUUUCUUCCUUGGCUCGGAAGGUGGUGGAGGAAUGCAAGCUUAUUCACCCCUCCAAACUAGCAGAGGUGGAACAAUUGCUUUAUUACCUGCAGAACCGCAGAGACACCUCAUCAGCAAAAGAAAAGAAAGAGAAAUCCAGUAAGCCAAAAGAUCCACCACCUUUUGAAGGAAUGGAGAUUGAUGAAGUAGCCAAUAUCAAUGACAUGGAUGAAUACAUUGAGCUACUUUAUGAAGAUAUUCCUGAUAAAGUGCGUGGCUCCGCACUUAUUCUGCAGCUGGCCAGAAACCCCGAUAAUCUGGAAGAACUUCUGCUUAACGAAACUGCACUAGGUGCUUUGGCCAGAGUUCUACGAGAGGAUUGGAAACAAAGUGUAGAACUUGCCACUAAUAUAAUUUAUAUUUUCUUCUGCUUCUCUAGCUUUUCUCAAUUUCAUGGACUCAUCACACACUACAAAAUUGGAGCUCUCUGCAUGAAUAUAAUUGAUCAUGAGCUGAAGAGACAUGAGCUCUGGCAGGAAGAACUCACAAAGAAGAAGAAAGCUGUUGAUGAAGACCCGGAUAAUCAAACCCUAAAAAAAGAAUAUGAAAAAACCUUUAAAAAGUAUCAGGGGCUGGUUGUCAAGCAAGAACAGCUACUUCGAGUUGCCCUUUAUUUGCUGCUGAAUCUUGCAGAGGACACGCGUACUGAGCUGAAGAUGAGAAACAAAAACAUUGUCCACAUGCUGGUGAAAGCUCUGGACAGAGAUAACUUUGAAUUGCUGAUACUGGUGGUGUCGUUUCUGAAGAAGCUCAGCAUCUUUAUGGAAAACAAAAAUGAUAUGGUUGAAAUGGAUAUUGUUGACAAACUAGUGAAAAUGGUACCAUGUGAACACGAAGACCUGCUGAACAUCACUCUACGACUUUUACUGAACCUUUCCUUUGACACCGGCUUAAGAAAUAAAAUGGUACAAGUUGGUCUUCUUCCAAAACUUACUGCAUUGUUAGGGAAUGAAAAUUAUAAACAAGUCGCCAUGUGUAUUCUCUAUCAUAUAAGCAUGGAUGACCGUUUUAAAUCAAUGUUUGCUUAUACAGACUGCAUACCUCAGUUAAUGAAAAUGCUGUUCGAGUGUCCUGAUGAACGUGUUGACCUGGAGCUCAUUUCCUUCUGCAUUAACUUAGCUGCUAACAAGAGGAACGUACAACUCAUUUGUGAAGGAAAUGGGCUGAAAAUGCUGAUGAAGAGAGCACUGAAAUUCAAGGACCCAUUAUUGAUGAAGAUGAUUAGGAACAUCUCUCAGCAUGAUGGGCCAACCAAAACUUUGUUUAUUGAUUAUGUUGGUGACCUAGCUGCCCAGAUAUCCAAUGAUGAAGAAGAGGAAUUUGUUAUAGAAUGCUUAGGAACACUGGCCAAUUUGACUUUGCCUGAUUUGGAUUGGGAGCUUGUGCUGAAAGAAUACAAAAUGGUACCAUACCUCAAAGAUAAAUUAAAGCCAGGUUCUGCAGAAGAUGAUCUUGUCUUGGAAGUGGUAAUAAUGAUUGGAACUGUAUCCAUGGAUGACUCCUGUGCUGCACUGCUAGCUAAAUCUGGGAUUAUUCCAGCUCUUAUUGAACUGCUAAAUGCUCAGCAGGAAGACGAUGAGUUUGUCUGCCAAAUCAUUUAUGUGUUUUAUCAGAUGGUCUUUCAUCAAGCCACUAGAGAUGUCAUCAUCAAGGAGACUCAGGCUCCAGCAUAUCUUAUAGAUCUGAUGCAUGAUAAAAAUGCUGAGAUUCGUAAAGUCUGCGACAAUACAUUGGAUAUAAUAGCAGAAUAUGAUGAGGAGUGGGCUAAGAAGAUUCAGAGUGAGAAGUUCAGAUGGCACAACUCCCAGUGGCUGGAAAUGGUGGAAAGUCGGCAGAUGGAUGAAAAUGAGCAGUACUUGUACGGGGAUGACCGCAUUGAGCCCUAUAUCCAUGAAGGGGACAUUCUGGAAAGACCUGAUCUUUACUACAAUGCUGAUGGACUGAUAACACAUGAUGGAGCAGUGAGUCCUGAUUUCUUCAGUGAUUACCACCUUCAAAAUGGAGACCUUGUGGGUCAGCAUCCUUUCUCUAGCAGUGUUGCAAUGGAUGGAUUUGGCCAGCCCAUGGGUAUCCCAAGCCGUCCCACCACUGCUUAUGGAUAUCGACCAGAUGAACCUUACUACUACAGCUUUGGAGCCCGAUAAAGCAAUAUGCUGUAUUAAAUGAUUACCUUCCUGUAUUGAACUGUAGCUGAAUUAAGAUUAUUUCUUUAGUAAUGCAUGAUGCUAUUGUUUUCAGGUCUGUGUGGUACAUUUCUUUUGGUAUGUGUUAUUUCAAAGAAAAGUUCAUCAUUCAUUGAUUCCCCCACCCACCUGUACAUUAUUUUUCUUUUGUACAGUUUUUGCCAGAUGUUUAGAAUCUACUGACUGGAAAGUAAACACUGUUAUGUAUGUUACACAACUAAUUUAAUUACUAUUAAAAACAGAUCAUGUAGCCUAUGGUACUGAAUGCCCUGGCUACAUUAAUUUUAACAAAGCUUAUUACUUUAUGUUUGAGUAAUAAGUUAAUUGGCUUGUGAAAGUAUAACUGAUUUAUCUUUUUUUAAUAUCUUUGAAGAAGAUGAAGUAACACUCUUAAAUCUAAAGCCAUGCAUGUUAGACUUCUCACCAACAGGCCACACAUUUUACACACCUGUUGAAAAUCACUGUAUGUUGUAUUGAUGUUAUUGCAUAGUUGUAUAUAUACAUUUGUGGCUUUUAACAGUAGUAGAAAUAAACUUCGAACUAUACAUUAUUGUCUGCAAAUUAUAAGGGAAGCCAUAGAUACAUGACAUUGUGUUAUUAGAAAUACAGGCGGCAGCAUCAUAAAGGUGAAACCAAAAAAGAGGGCAAACCUGAAAAAGGUGCUAGGAAGAAUUCAUCUGGAUGCUAAAUUUGAGUUUAAUUAUUCUUCCUUGGGAGCAAUUGCUCAUGAAUUACGUUUAUGCAAAGGUUGUGUUGUCUGA